CAGCAGUUUGUUUUGUCUCUUCCAAGAAGAGAUCAUACAGGAAUACUUCUAUUUAAGCAAUAUCUUAAUCCCGCAGCGAAUCGACCGUUUAUUCCAGACAUUUCAGUCUAAACCAGUAGUGCAUCUGUCGAGUUUGUGUAGGACACGGAUAAGGAUGAAGACGUCAACAGUCUUUGCCUCGGCCAUGGUGUUGGGACUCUUCUGUCCGCCAAGGAGCGCAGCGGUAGGUGGCUUCCAGGGCGCCUUUCAGCAUCCAUAUAAAUACAAUUCCAGCCCCAACGAGUCUGAGCGCUCACCGCAGCAGCCACCACAGAACGGAUUUGUCUCCCGCCAAAUGGGGCCAGUAACCGCCAAUGACGAAGUUCUAGAAUCCAGCCAAGAAGCCCUACACGUCACGGAGCGCCGGUACCUCAAACUUGACUGGUGCAAGACGCAGCCGCUGAAACAGACGAUCCACGAGGAAGGAUGCCUCAGCCGCACUAUAAUCAAUCGCUUCUGUUACGGGCAGUGUAACUCCUUCUACAUCCCGCGACACAUCUACGAAGAUGAUGGUGCUUUCCAAUCGUGUUCCACCUGUAAGCCGAAAACAUUUACCACAGUCACCUAUACCCUCAUAUGUCCCGGCCAGUCACCCAGCACCCGAAAGAAACGCGUCCAGCGUGUAAAGACCUGCCGCUGCGCUUCCAUAGACCUGGAUUAGACCUAGUUAAAGCCAUAGAUGGACACAGUCUCUGUUGGUUUGCUAUCCACGGGAAUAAUUCAAAUGUAUAGAGGGACAGACAAAAUGCAUACAAUUAAACGUGCUUCCGUUGCAAAAACCGAAUAUGCAUGAGGGAGAAAAUGUCCAAUCUUAAUCCUAAAAGGGGAGACCAAAACACAAAGAAACCAAGGGAUGGAACUCUUCAAAACCAUUCCAAAACCCUAAACUGGUAGUUAUGCCAACCCCAACAGACUCCCCAGUGUAAUGUAUGGGACUAUAAUGACUGGUUUGGCAUGACUGGUUUGGCAUACUUGUAAAUGGCUUAUAGCUUCGAGCGUAAUUGUUUUUUAAUGAUAUUGCUGGCUUGUGCCUAAUACAAAUAUAACAAUAUCACUGUGGAAACCAGAAUUUGUCCAUGUUUGGCAUUUCAAAUUAGGCGAAAAAGCCACACAGUGUUCGAAUUUGACAUAGACAAUUUUUGUAAACCGUUAUGAGAGCACAUAUCGUUUCCACUGUGUGGAAUAUGAGUUGGUGGAUGCGCUCACUUCAGGAGCGCUAGAGGAGUGUGGUGUCAAUGAAUAUUGGCUUUUCUUUUUAAACUUGCACUGUUAGACGUCACUUAAUGUUCUUGCUAUUGUAUUAUUCAUGUAUAUAAAGUGGUUGGUGAAUAAACUCAUAUUUGUACA